UCCCCCAUCGACCGCCCCAGCGACAACGGCAUGCCCUCCUCGCAUGCGAUGAGUCUUGGAUUCAUCUGCACCUUUGUGGCGCUGCUGGUUCCGAUUGCAGCACCGGGGCUGCUCGCGUAUGCUUCCAUCAGCCUGGUCUAUAGGAUCCGGACAAAACUCCACACGCUCGACCAGAUCCUGGUGGGUGCGGUCCUCGGGAGCCUCGAUGGCUCUCUGUGGUGGCACCUUUGUACCAACGGUGUGGGRGGCGCCAGUGUCGUYGAGCUGGUGUCCUCGUCCGGCAUAAUGAACGAAAAMGGCCUCCUUCCGUGGUAUUUGCUGGCAAUCCCGGCCUUGAUCGGUGCCGCYGUAGURGGCUCUGUGGAACGGCGGCUGGCCAGAUAUUUUGGCAAGACCGCCAAGGAAGAGUAGCUUUGCCAUUUUUUGGUAUUUGUUUGUACUAUCUCGGGGUAGUUAGUAUUAGCGUCGCCUUCGCGGCAGGAAAUUGAUUUUCAAAGUCACUCCUGUCCAAAUCCAAAAACAGGCACGAAAGCUACAAAAUAUCAAGCCAUGAAUCAGUUUCUCUGCCUUAGUUCUAGGAGAGAUCCAUAGCGGCACAUAUCGAGAAAACGUUUGACAGGAAGCAAWAGGGUAGAAUAAUGCGAUACACUGCAC